AUGUCCUUUUCAUAUUCACAAAAGUUCUCCAUCGCCCUCGUGCUUUGCUUAAUCGUGACAGUAAAGAGUUUUAGAGUCUCCGUUUCUAGUGGCCGUCUCGCUAGCGCGACCAAGAUUUGCGUCUCCGAAUCCUCGACGGAUAAUGUCGACAUUUCCUCCGCAUUCAAGGGUCUCGACCUGUCUCUCGUCAAACCUUUGGGAAUGAUUCUAGAAGAAGUCGAAGAAGGAGCUGCCAAGGGAGUCUUUGUUAAAGAAGUAGCCGAGGAAGGCUCGUCGGUCCCCUACGCUGACGAAAUUGUAGGUUUAAAGUUAAUCACCGUUGCCGGAGAAGACGUCACGUCUCUGACAUUCGAUGAGGUCAUGGACAAGAUCAUCAAUUCUCCCGAAACUGUGGAUUUGCGACUCGUAUCGAUGAAUGAAAUAGAUAGCGUUGAUGCGGAAGAGGACAGUGCACCGGCUUUUGAAAUCGGAACGUCGGUAACCAUCAAACUGCUACAGGAAGGCAAGGAUGAUCUCGACAUUGAGACCAAAGUUGGUGACAAUCUGCGACAAGUCCUUCUGGACAAUAGCGUAGAAGUCUACCAAGGUAUGAAGCAAAAACUCGGUAACUGCGGGGGUGGUGGACAGUGCACCUUUUGUGCCUUUGAUUUCGUUGACAGCGAAGGUUGGGCAGAACGGUCGGACUACGAAAGCCAGAAACUGAAAAAAAAUCCCGACGCCCGUCUCACUUGUCUCAACAAUAUUCAAGGCCCGGUAACGAUUCGAAAAGCAAAGCGAUAA